AUGAGGGUUUGCCACUAUCCUCUGGAUUUGGACGGGCCGAAACCAGAUCCCAGACUUGUUAUUGUUGGACCUCGAGGGGAAUUCUUUGAACCAUAUGGCGCUGAUAUUUUUAUGAAUUUUGGAGUUCCAGCUUACUCAUUCAGCUGCACAAAACUUGUUGAUUUGCUGGUUAAAGUCUCCGAGGUUGCUGGCAAGGGAAUUAUACUUCUUAUCGGGAUUAAUUGGAUUCAAACAUUUGCAGACUGCCUUUCAAUUCUAAAGUCAAAGUAUGAGCUGUUGAAGGGCACAUAUGAUGAUUUUGAGGUAAUCCAGAUCUACAACUUAAGGGAGCUCUCUGAUUAUGGUGAGCAUGUUGCUGAUGUGUCGUGGCCGGUCCAUCCUUUUGAUGAAGACUCGCCUGGGGUAUCAAUGUUACUUGAUGCUUCAGGCGAUACCUGGCUUCUGACCUUCAAUCGCCAUAGACAAGUCAUUAAAAGAGCAACCAUUUCACUCUUUGACAUCAGGGAGGAUUCAGCAUUCCCUUUCUCUUUUAAUUUUGAGUUGGAAAAAGAAGUUUAUCGUGAGAUUUAUAAGCGCUUCGGGUGGGAAUAUUGA